AUGUCCCAGCUUUAUUCCUUCAAGGCUGUAGAAGAUUCCUUUCAGCAACCAAAUAAUAAUGCUUCAGGAGACGACUUCAUGCUGUCCCAGCUUUAUUCCUUCAAGGCUGAAGAUUCCUUUCAGCAACCAAAUAAUCCUUCAGAGACGACUUUUGUCCCAGCUUUAUUCCUUCAAGGCUGUAGAAGAUUCCUUUCAGCAACCAAAUGGGCUGUGAAAGUUCUUUCCAGCAACCAAAUGGUAGUGAGACUUUCAUGUCAGCUUUAUUCCUUCAAGGCUGUAGAAGAUUCCUUUCAGCAACCAAAUGGUAAUGCUUCAGAACGACUUCAUGUCCCGCUUUUAUUCCUUCAAGGCUGUAGAAGAUUCCUUUCAACAACAAAUAAUAAUGCUUCAGAGACGACUUCAUGUCCCAGCUUUAUUCCUUCGAAGGCUGUAGAAGUUCCCUUUCAACAACCAAAUAAUAAUGCUUCAGAGACGACUUCAUGUCCCAGCUUUAUUCCUUCAAGGCUGUAG